GGGUUUUGGGAAUUUAUUUUGGUUCUCUAAUAAUUCAAGCAUCAUCUUUUUCACUUGGAACAAUUUGAGACCAACUUUUUAUUUAUUCUUUCCAAACAAACCCAGAUUUUACAAUCGGCAAAUUUGAUUACAAAAUGAGCACUGCAACUUUCAGUUCAAUUUGUUGCAAUCAAGGAUAUUUAUGGAAGGAGGAAGGAAAGAUUUCAAAACUGAAGAAUCGAAAUGAAAAAGUGAGGCUCAAUGUAGGCGGAGCCUCAGCCUUAACUACAAAAUGUAUGCAAUCUUCACAACAGAACAAAAAGGAAGUUCGCAUUGGUCUUCUGGGUGCUAGUGGUUAUACUGGAGCUGAGAUUGUUCGGCUCUUAGCAAACCAUCCAUACUUUGGCAUUACGCUGAUGACUGCUGAUAGAAAAGCAGGCCAAUCAAUGGGCUCAGUGUUUCCGCAUUUGAUAACACAAAAUCUGCCAACUAUGGUUUCGGUUAAGGAUGCAGACUUCUCUAACGUGGAUGCUGUGUUCUGUUGUUUGCCUCAUGGAACUACACAGGAAAUCAUCAAAGGCCUCCCCCGCCAUUUGAAGAUUGUUGAUCUUUCUGCGGACUUUCGGCUGAGAGAUAUUGAUGAAUAUGAGGAAUGGUAUGGUCAGCCCCAUAGUGCACCAGAAUUGCAGAAAGAAGCUGUGUAUGGCUUGACAGAGAUUUUAAGGGAGGAAGUGAAAAGUGCACGUCUAGUUGCUAAUCCUGGUUGUUAUCCAACAUCUAUUCAGCUUCCACUUGUUCCCUUGAUAAAGGCUAAACUCAUUAAACACAGAAAUAUCAUUAUUGAUUCAAAAUCUGGUGUGAGUGGAGCAGGACGUGGAGCCAAGGAAGCAAAUUUAUACUCUGAAAUAGCUGAAGGAAUAUAUUCUUACGGUGUUACAAGACAUCGCCAUGCCCCAGAAAUUGAACAGGGACUAUCUGAUGCUGCACAUUCAAAAAUAACUGUUAGUUUCACACCACACCUAAUGCCAAUGACCCGUGGAAUGCAAUCAACAAUAUAUGUGGAAAUGUCUCAAGGAGUGACAAUUGAGGAUUUAUAUGAGCAAUUAAGAAAAUAUUAUGAGGAAGAAGAAUUUGUAAAAUUGUUAGACAAGGGAGUUGUUCCUCAUACUCAUAAUGUUCGAGGUUCUAACUAUUGUUUUAUGAAUGUCUUUCCUGAUCGAAUCCCUGGAAGGGCAAUAAUCAUAUCAGUUAUUGAUAAUCUUGUGAAGGGAGCUUCUGGUCAAGCACUUCAAAAUCUUAACAUAAUGCUAGGUUAUCCAGAAAAUACAGGGCUUCUCUACCAGCCCUUGUUUCCGUGACAUAUUCUUCCUUUUUUCCCUUCUGAAGUGGCCGUGAAGUGGAAUAGUGAAAUUGAAAAGGCUUCCAUCCUGUUUUGAAGGUCUCCAGAAUCCUGAGCAAGUAGAAUAAAAGAGUCUUUGGUUGAAGAUGCAGUCCAAGUUUUGUUGGGAAAUCAGUAGAUAGUUGCUAAAAUGGGCUAAAUUCCUCUGUUGUACCAUAGAAAAUAAGAUGAUUUUGUAUCUAUGGAAGGCCCAAAUUUCCAUCUUUGAUUUCUCCAAUAAAUCAAUAAUUGUGUUGCAGUAAAAAAAAAAUGAAAGCCUGAUUUGCCAAAAGCCUUGGUAUGAAUUAGCAUUGGCUUUUGAUAAUCUGAUUCUA